GCCCCACCAUUGGCGACUUCAGCUUUUGAUCACUGGGUCCUGGCCGGUGAUUCCCCACUGGCACCCUGCGAUCGCCAAGUAUCACUGAUAGGGGAGAGGUCUGUAUGUAAACAAUACAGAUCUCUCCCCUGCCAGCUCUUGCACACUGCUUUGUAUUGCUCUGCAUAGCAGAGCAACUGUAAAAGACACACACAGCACACAGUAAAACAGCACACAGUUAACCCUUUGAUUGUCCCAGAUGCUAACCCCUUCCUGCUCAGUGUCAUUAGUACAGUGUCAGUGCUUUUUAUUAGCACUGAUCACUCUAUUAGUGUCACUGGGGAUGUCAGUGACAGUUAGUCAGUUCCCCCCCAUUGUCAGAAUGCCCGCCGCAGUCCCGCAGUCCUGCUAUAAGUCGCUG